CUCCACCGACGAGGAGGACAUGGAGCAUCCGUCGGCCGCCAUGGCGGCACGCCAGCAGGUCCCCUGGGCCGGCUUUGAGAAAGUCUUCACGUUUGUGCGCCAGAAAGGGAAGAACGUGGUGGUUCAGUGCAACUGCUGCCUCCCGGCCAUCAAGCACCUGAGCUCGGCCAUCAACUCCUCGUCCAACCUGAGGAAGCAUUUGGAGAGGGCUCACCCUGGCAUGCUGAAAGUCAUAAGAAGUCUGAAGAAGGCGAAGAAGCACGGCCUUUCCACAGACCCCAUUAUUUUUUCCGGCCUGGCCGACAUCGUGGCCACUGCCAGGGCCAGCCAGUUGCCGACCAGGAUCCCCGCCGUGGUGCACAGGACCGAGUCUCCGACCCUGGCCGAGCCGCCGUCGCACGAGGACUCGAUGCAGGAGGACGACACGGACCAGGAGUCGACCCCCGCCACCUCGCAGCCGUGGGCCGGAGGGGUUGAGAAGGAGGCCACCCUCGGCUCAGAUGUUGCUGCUCCAGCUCCUGCCGCGGCAGCUGAGGGAAGCGCUAGCCAUUCGGAAACGAAAGUGCCGGAGGUGGUAUCCGGCGGCGAGCCGCAGGUGGUGGUGGUGGAGACGAGAGCCCAGGAAGACAUGGCGCACGAAGAGGACGCCGAGCAGCCAUCGGCGGCCAGGAACACACGCCAGCAGGUGCCGCAGCAGCCGCAGCCGUUACCGUGGUCCGAGUUCGAGAAGGCCUUUACGUUCGUGCGCCAGAAGGGAGGAAGCGUCUUGAUGCAGUGCAAUUACUGCCUGCCGGUGAUCAAAAACGUGAGCACCGCCGUGAACUCCUCGACAAACCUGAGGAAGCAUUUGGAGAAAGUGCACCCAGAGAAGUUGGGAGCAUCCGAGAGUUCAGGAAAGGGGAAAAAAAGAGGCUUUUUUGAAGAACUGCUGGACGAGGAUGACGAUCCCCCUUCGAUCAAAAUCCUGAAGCAGCAGCAGCAGCAGGCGGUCCUGGAGAGGUGGGGUUCGGGGAAGGAAGCCAUCACCCAGAAGAUCCUCGACCGGAAGAUUAUGGACUUCAUUGUGGAGGAGACGCUGCCCCUCGAGACGGUUGACCGGCCCUCCUUUGUGGGCCUUGUCCGCCUGGGCCUCCCCAAAUGUCUCACCAUCAUGUGCUCGGAGACUCUGAGAGACAGCAUCGAGAAGAGAUCCUUCAGCAUGCGGGAGAGGCUCGUGAAGCGGAUGGGCCCCGUGGCUUACAUCGCCACCACCGCCGAUUGCUGGACCGACGGCAGGAAGAGUUUCUUAGGGGUGACGGCCCACUGGAUCAGUCCCACCACCCUGGAGCGUGAGUUUGGGGCCUUGGCCUGCAAGCGCCUCAGAGGCCCCCACACGUACGAGGUCUUGGCGGGAGCGCUGCGUGACGUGUACGCACAGUACAAGAUCCGCCACAAGGUCGUGUGCACUACCACGGACAACGGGUCCAACUUUGUGAAGGCCUUCCGGGUUUUUGAGGCCAAAGAAGAGUCAGAGGCUGCUGACGCCAGUGCGAGUGAGGAGGAGGAGGAAGAGGAUGAUGAUGAUGAGGAGAACGGAGACCCCAACAAGGAGGAGGAAGAGGCGGAGGUGAAGUUCGUCCCAAUCUCUGAGAUUCUGGACGGAGGCGACCGGGAUCGGGAAGGUGCUGCAGACGCAAAGGAGUUGAGCUUGCCACCGCACCGGAGGUGCGCCAGCCACACCCUCAACCUGGUGGCCACUCAGGACGUGGAAGCCAUGUUGGCGGAGGCGUCCAAGGACAGCCCUCUGGGGCCUUUCAAGAAACACUUCUGCUCCUUGAUGGGGAAGUGCGGGGAGCUGUGGGCCACGCUGGAUCGCUCCAAGCCGAUGGCGGAGAGCAUCCACGAGCAGUGCGGGAUGUACCUGAAGAUCCCCGUGAAGACCCGGUGGACCACCGUCUUCGAGGCCCUGAAGCAGCUGAGCGACCUGCUCUCCGCCGUUCCCCUCAAGGUGGACAUCAUCACGGACCAGUGCUCCUUGGAGAGGGUCACCCCGGCCGAGAGCCUCGUCCUGGAAGAGUACACGGAGAUCAUGGGGCCCCUCGCUCAGUCUCUGGAGAUCCUGCAGGGGGAGAACGGGAUGUACAUGGGGUACCUGCUGCCAACGCUGUACAACCUGGACCGCAAGCUGCAAGGGCUGGAGAAUAAGCCGGGCCGGUUCACCCAUGGCCUCCCGCUCCUCCAGGGCCUGCGGCAAGCCCUGCGGAGGCGGUUCGACCACAUCUGGGAGGACAGGGGGCUCCUGCUCGCGGCCUGCCUGCAUCCUCGCUUCAAGGUGGAUUGGCUGGAGUCUGCUCCAAACGCCCAGACGAGCAAGUCCAUGAUGGAAGCCCUGUUGAAGGCCGAAAUCCAGAGCGUGGUCAGCGAGGAUGGCGGAGAACCUUCCGAGAGAGACCGGGAAGGGAGUCGUGCGGAGGAGGACUUUUUUAGCAUCCAGACCCGGAGCGCCAAGUUGGCCGGGGAAGGGGCGGAGGAGGACGAGGAGGUGGCCCGAUACCUGAAGUCCCCUGUCCGGGAGGUCUCGUCGUUACACGCUUUCCCGCGGGUGAUGCGGAGCUUCCUCCGGCACAACACGCCCAUGCCUUCCAGCGCCGCCGUGGAGUACCUCUUCAGCACGGUGGGCCACGUCAUGACGGUGAAGAGACCCUCGUUGUCCGACGAGCUCUUCGAGCAGCUAGUGCUCCUGAGGCAGAACCGACCAGUGUUUUAAAGGGUGCUGGGGGAAAAAAUAUGCGCUGGAUUAUGGAGAAGGCCAGAGAGUUCCAGAAAAACAUCUACUUCUGCUUCAU